AUGUCCUUUUAUAAUGUGCUGAAGAAUGGGGAUGACAUGCUUCGGGAGUACCCUCGACGGAGCAUUAUAUGGAGAAUACUCUCCUAUGGUACCUGUCUGUUCACAUACGGGGUCUCUCGGAUGAUUCUAUCCACAUUGUACAACUUCAAAGUGUUCAAUUUUGAGCGGUUAGAGAAUGCCAUGAAGCGGUCAAAGGCCGAGAAUAGGGGUGUUCUUACGAUUAUGAACCACAUGUCGAUGGUUGACGAUCCUUUCGUCUGGGCAACUUUCCCUAUAAGGUUUUACUCCAGUGUCGAUAGGUUUAGAUGGUGUUUAGGUGCGGAGAAUAUCUGCUUUCAGAAUGCUGCACUUUCGUAUUUCUUUUCGCUUGGUAAGACAUUAUCUACUAGGAGGUUUGGAGCCGGUCCGUUCCAGGACUCGAUAGACGCUACGGUGAGGCUCUUUAGCACUGAUGAGACCCUAUUAAAGGACAAAGAUCCAAACUAUAAACCUCCUGUUCGCCAAAAGAGUCCUCCUUGGGUUCACAUUUAUCCUGAAGGUUUUGUCCUGCAGUUACAACCUCCUCAUUCCAACUCUAUGAGGUACUUCAGAUGGGGUGUAGCACGGACUAUUCUCGAAUCAACUGUUCCACCUAUUAUUGUUCCAAUUUUCUCUACAGGGUUUGAAAAGAUUGCUUCAGAAGAGGCCAAAGGAAUGAUGAGACAGCUCAUGCCGAGAAACUAUGGUAGUAAGAUUAAAGUCACUAUUGGUGAAGAGAUCAGUGAUGAGAUAAUCUUUAGAUACAGGAAGGAAUGGCAAGUAUUGGUGGAAAAAUACAAAGACUGUAAUAACCCUGAUGAAAUGCCAGAUGAAUUGAAAUAUGGUGAAGAGGCUGAGGAUCUGAGAAGUAGAUUGGCUGCUGAAUUAAGGGAACACGUAGCAAAGAUUAGACACGAUGAGUGCCACUUUCCAGAAGAAGACCCAAGAUUUAAGUCAGUUUCCUGGUGGAAAAAGUUUAAUUGCUCAGAGGGGGAGUCUGAUCCUGACGUUAAAAUAAUAGGUAAAAAUUGGGCAAUCAAAAGGCUGCAAACACAUUUGAAGAACAAUGAAAAUACAAAAGAUCAUUAA